AUGUCACAAUUUGGGAGCUUGCCUCUAGAAACUGUGGUUGAUAUCCUUUCAAGACUAUCAAUCACAUCGCUUGGGCGAUGUAGGUGCGUGUGCAAAUCAUGGCGCUCCGUGAUUGCCGAUCCUUUCCUCAUCAACAAACAACUCUGUGUCAAUCGACACCGGCAUUCUAUUGAUGGUGAUCCUAACCAUUAUUUCUUCCUUGCCUAUUCAAUUGUAUUUGAGAGGGAUUGCAGGAAUUCAGCGUACGGCCUUGAGUAUUUCGAUUAUUCUUGUCAUUCUUUGCAGUGCUCUGAAACCUUCGAAGAGCGUAAGCGACUCCAAUUCCCGACGGACAUCGGGCACUUCCGCGUCAAGAGUUCUUGUAACGGGGUACUGUGCCUCCUUCGUUCUCAUUACAUAGGUUCUUCUUGUUAUUCCUAUGCUAUAAUCUUAUGGAACCCUUCGAUCAACAAAUUCAAGAUCCUCCCGAAGCCCGGUGGCCAGUUCCAAGCUUCGUCCCAUGACAAUGAUGUGUUUGUCGGGAUAGGAUUUGUCCCUCAAACAAACGACUACAAAGUCGUGCGACUUAUAAAUCUGGCAACAAAUUCGGACGUUUUCUUUUCUCCGCGGAUUGAGAUGUAUUCGUUGAAUACAGAUUCUUGGACGACGUGGACAACGGGUUACGAUGUUCAAUGGAGGUUAUGUGGCCGGGAAACUACCGAUGCAUCCGUCAACGGAGCCGUCCAUUGGACAGCAAGGAAGACUACUUCGUGCGAUAAUGAUGAUGGUGAUGAUGAUGGCUCACCAUUUCUGAUUGUUUCGUUCCAUUUGGCGGAUGAGGUCCUGAGAGAAAUACGUCUGCCCAAAUAUCACUGUGCUCAUCGUGAUCCGUACCGGAAGUAUGGGUUUAUUUCAGUCAUACAUGGAAAACUUGCUUUUACGAUUGAUCGUGGAGACGAAAAUUCCUUAGAUCAAGAAGUUUGGGAAAUAUGGCUAUUGGAAGAUUAUGACAACGAGGAAUCGUGGACGAAGUUUUGUACCAUAACUAUGGUUCCUAGAUGCAGGCACAUAGUACCUUUACAAUUUCUGAACAAUGGUGAAUUUGUCGUCUGCUCAGGGAAGGGCGGAUUGAUCGUAUUUAACCUGGAAACCCAACAAAUUGUUGGUAAGGAACUGCAUGGCUCGGGAUUUGAGGUGGUUAAUUACACACAGAGUCUUGUUUUGGUUAAGGAAGGAGUUGAUGGCUCGAGUACUGAAAUGUCGAGUUUCGCUAAGGAGCUAAAGGAGUUUGAGGACGAGAAAAAAGAGGAGGAGAAGAGGAAAAGCCAUUUUAUUGAUCAAAGCAAUAACGGGAAGUCUAACGAGGCUUCUCGACAAGCCCAGUCCGGAAAAUCUCCGUCUCAGGAUACGGAGGACUCAACUGAUAGGGCAUAUUUGGCUAUAGCAUGA